AUGUCUCAAUUCGUCGGAAGAUGGAGGGCCGAAAAAGCUUCCGAUCAGGUCCCGGGUUACGCGGAGUUUAUAUCUGUUUUAGAUGUACCAGCCCAUGUCCAGGAAAUGAUCAAAGGUAAAACAGCCACAUUAGAAUUGACCCUUGAAGGGGAUACAUGGACCUCUAAGUCCAGCCUUGAGGGCAUGCCGGGAAGGAUCAACGUAUUCCAACUCGGACAGGAAGUGUCAUCAGAGAGGAUGGACGGAACAGUACAAAAUUUUCGGAAUACUAUCGAUGGCGAGACAUGGAUUGAGGAGAUCACGCCGGUAUCAGACCCGAAUGGAAAUUCCACUGUGACAAAGCGGACGGUCAGUGGUAAUGAAAUGCACGUUAAUGUGACCAUUGUGGGACACGGAGUCUCCAUAUCAUUUAAGAUGUUAAAAGAGUAGAUUGUAUUUCACUUAAUCCAUCCAUCAUUUUCGGCCAUGCCCAGUGUCAAGUAGAAGAGGAGAUAUGCUUUAGCAGUUAUUCAAAGACAUGA